AUAGUUUGGUUACUUUUGUAAUUCAAUAGAAGGGACCUAUUCUCCUUCUUCAAAGGUAACCUGUUCUUAAGAGCAAACCCUAUCCCAUUCACUUCAGUUCUUUUGUUCAACCCAAUUUCUUCUCAAACCAUACUCUUCAUCUCCAUUCAUUUCAUAUUCCCAUCCAGAGUGCAUGCACUUUGCCACAAAAUAAUUUCUGAGCUAUACUCAGCUUUUGAAACCCCUCUUUUUUCAUUGAUUGAACCAUUUCUCACAUAUCAAUGGCAAAGAGGUCUAAUUCUGAGAAGUAUGUUAAUGUGACUAAGGUCCGUCCGGGUUAUAAGAGAGAGUUUCGUCGCGCCUAUGAGACUCACUCAAAGAUCUGUCGUGGUCGUUCGACGUCUCUCAGUCGAACCAGGCCAAGAAAUAACCGGAGUAUGGUUCAUGUUCCUGAACCUAGGAUAAGAAAUGAUGUGGAAAAUAUCGGUGUCGCUGUGAAUGGUAAUUCGAGUGAAGAAGAAGCUCGGAGUGAGGUGGAUGAUUUGAAUGUUGAGGCAAUGGAUGAAAUAUCUCAUCCUGUUCGUGAAAUUGGGGAGACCAGUAGAGAUCGCAGAUUGAAGGUGUCAACUAAAGGGAAAAAGUUCAAACCUGUUUUUCGCAACUUCAAGAGGUUUCCCUCGAAGCUGAAGGACCUGCUAGACUCGAGGAUUCUGGAUGGAUUGAACGUGAAAUAUAUCCGCGGCAUCAGGGUGCGAAAACCUGGAGAUAAAGCGUUACCGGGAGUGAUCAAAGGCGAUGGAAUCGAGUGUUAUUGCGAUAUUUGUAAGGGAGAAAAGGUUGUGAGCCCUGCUGUGUUUGAGGUUCAUGCUGGAAGUGCAAACAAGCGUCCUCCUGAGUAUACUUACCUCGAAAAUGGGAAUUCUGUUCGUUGGGUAAUGAAUAUAUUUUUUGACACUCCUUUAGACAAAUUGGAGGAAUAUGUUGAUGCUGCUGUUGGAGACUUUACCAUCAAGAAGUCAAAGUUCUGUGUCAACUGUAGAGAUGUUAAUGUUGUCUCGAGACUCUUCUGCAUUUCAUGCGAUCCAUCGAAGGGAUGCCAUCCUAGACCAACUCGUACAACCGAGACUAUUAAUAGCUGUGUUUCAAUACCACCAUCACCACCACCGUCACCACCACCACCACCACCGGUUAUAUCAGGGACCCCGGAACAAGCUGUGCCUCAAAACUCAUACAAAGGAAUGAAGUUCAGCGCAGCUGUCAAUAAGAGUCAGGGGAAAAUAACUAGAAAGGACCAAAGCUUGCACAAGUUGGUUUUUCAAGCAUUGGAACAUAAUGCUAAUGUGACAUACAUUGUUCGUGGAGAGAAACUAUUGGAUGGUAAAAUAGACAAAGACACCCCUGGAAUUAUGUGUAGUUGCUGUAACAAUGUGGUCAGCCCUUCUACAUUUGAAGCACAUGCUGGCUGGGCAUCCCGACGCAAGCCUUACCGGCACAUAUUUGCCGGUGAAGUCUCACUACAUGAGUUGUCCAUUUCUAUGUUGAAAAAGCAGACAAUUUCUGUGAGUACCGACAGCGAUGGCCGCUGCAGUAUCUGUGAACAAGGAGGACAUCUUUUAUGCUGUGAUGGAUGCCCAAGAGCUUUUCACUUAGAAUGUGUGCCUCUUGAAACUGAACCAGGUCGCAUUUGGUACUGCAAAUAUUGCUGUCAUAAUGUAAACCAUAACGAAAAACGUGAAGGGCGUAGCGCAAAAGGUCGGGCAACUCGAAGGGUUUCGGGGAAGAGAGGCCAGAGAGGCCCCCUUACGGUAAAUGAUCUCGAUAUCGUCGACGGUGGAUGUCAACUGUGCAGGGAAGAUGAUUUCGAGCUAGUAGAUUUUGGUCCUCGGACAGUAAUUAUAUGUGACCAGUGUAAUAAGGAAUUUCACAUAGGGUGUUUGAAGGAUCAUAAGAUCGAAAACCUAGAGAAAUUACCUGAAGGGGACUGGUUCUGCGGCUCUGAAUGUCUUCAAGUUCGGGCUUCUUUGCAGAAUUUAGUGAAUCGCGGGGACGCGCCAGUUCCAGAUUCCCUCCUAAGUUUGAUUAAAAAGAAGCGUGAGCAAAAAGGUGUAGAAACUGAUUCUGUCCUUGAUGUAAAAUGGAGGAUUCUGAACUGGAAGUUGCUUGCCUCUGAAGAAAUUCGGGCGCUGCUUUCGAAGGCUGUUGCUAUCUUUCAUGAACAAUUUGAUCCCAUAGUGGAUGCUGAAACAGGCGCAGAUUUCAUUCCAUCAAUGCUUUAUGCGAGGACCCUCAAGGAUCAGUAUUUUGGUGGAAUGUAUUGUGCAGUGCUCACUGUCAACCAAAAGGUUGUAUGCGCGGGGACAUUCCGUUUGUUCGGGAGAGAAGUGGCGGAGCUUCCCUUAGUUGCAACUCAUGGAGCUAGCCAAGGAAAGGGUUACUUCCAAGCCCUGCUUGCCUGCAUCCAGGGCGUGCUUGGAGAGUUAAGAGUGGGACGGUUAUUCUUACCGGCUGCUCAUGAAGCUAAAUCAUUAUGGACUAGGAAAUACGGGUUUAUGGCGCUAGACCAAGAUGAGAUGAAUUUUAUCACAAGAUUGUACCGCUUGAUGAUGUUUAAAGGGGCAGCAUUACUACAGAAGCCGGUUCCUCGGCCCAUCAUAACCGAGUUCGUUGAAGAAGGUGCAUGAUCCAUAUUUGGUGUGAAGAAAAGUAUCUGGUCCUGUUGUAGUAAUCAUAUUUUGUUGUAAUACAAAACUUAGAAUAAAGGUGUUUAGAUUUCAGAAUAAAGGAAACUAGGACAUGGGAUUUUCAGAAACUUGCAUCAUGUUUUGGUGCUGAUUUUAUUUACUUGUCAUAAAACUUAGUCAUUUCAUUUUCUUGUUGUUGGUAUGAAUUCUAGGGCUUUCAAUAAUGUGUCUUUUCACAACCUUGAGUGGACAAAAA